AUGGAUGAUAAUAAUUACAUGAUUGGUUCUGGAAUUUAUGAUAUUACAGGACCAGCUGCUGAAGUGGGUAUGAUGGGUUAUGCUAUGGUUGAUCAAAGAACAAAGGGUAUUCACUUUCGUUUGAGAGCUAGAGCUUUUGUUAUUGCUGAAAGAUUAAAUCCAAAGAGUAGAAUGGUUUUUGUGAGUGCUGACAUUUGUUUUGGAACUCAAUCAGUUAGAUUGGGAGUUGUUCCAAAAUUACAAGAAAAAUAUGGAGAUUUGUACACUUUGGAUAAUGUUGCUAUUAGUGCUAUUCACACUCACUCUGGACCUGGUGGAUAUAGUUUUUAUGCAGUUUAUGAUAUGACUACAUUUGGAUUUGAUAAUCAAAAUUAUAAGGCAAUUGUGGAAGGUAUCUAUCAAGCCAUUGUUCAUGCCCAUGAAAAUUUGUCAACUGGUGGACGUAUCUAUAUGAAUUCUGAUCGUUUAUUCUUCAGUAAUAUUAAUCGUUCCCCAACCAGUUACUUGCUAAAUCCACCUGAAGAACGUAAACUCUAUGAAAUUGAUGGAGAUACUGACAAGACUAUGGUUGUUCUUCGUUUGGAAAAUGAAAAUGGAAAGGAAGUUGGUGCCAUUGCUUGGUUUGCAGUUCAUUGCACUUCCAUGAAUAAUACCAACAUGUUUAUCAGUGGUGAUAAUAAGGGUUAUGCUUCUUACAUGUUUGAAAAGUAUAAGAAUGGUAAUGAUAGCUUCCCUGGGGUUGGUCCAUUUAUUGCAAUCUUUGGUCAAUCCAAUGAAGGUGAUGUUUCUCCAAACACUGCUGGACCUACUUGUCCUGAUGGAAUUACACCAUGUGCAGCUGAUAGUACUUGUGAAGGAACUACUCAAAAGUGCACUGGUAAAGGACCUGGUAAGACUGAUUAUGACUCGACAAAGAUUAUUGGAAGACAACAAUUUGAAAAGGCAUUGAAAUUAUAUAAUGAUAAGGCCAAUUCAAUUGUUUUGAGUGGUCCAAUUGACUUUAGACAUACUCAUCUCAACAUGUCUGAUAUUACUGUUGGUCCAAAAUAUACAAGUACUGGACAAGUUGGAAAGACAUGUAAGGGAGCCCUUGGUUAUUCAUUUGCUGCAGGUACCACCGAUGGUCCUGGUGAUUUUUCAUUCAAGCAAGGUGAUAACUCAACUAAGGGAAAUCCAUUCUGGAAUUUCGUUUCUAGUUUUAUUGCUAAACCAACUCCAGAACAAAUUUUAUGUCAAUCUCCAAAACCAAUCUUGUUAGAUGUAGGAUUGGCUCAAUUCCCUUAUCCAUGGGCUGUUGAAAUUAAUCCAAUUCAAAUUAUGACUAUUGGUCAAUUGGUUAUUAUUCCUGUACCAGGUGAAUUUACAACCAUGUCUGGAAGAAGAUUGAGAAAUACUGUUUGUAAUACAUUGACCACUUUAAAUCCAAAGAGAUUCCCGCCUCAAACAACUCGUUGUGUCAUUGCUGGUUUGUCCAAUUCAUACACUCAGUAUAUUGCUACCUAUGAAGAAUUUCAAGCUCAGAGAUAUGAAGCUGCUUCCACACUUUAUGGACCUCAUACACUCGCAGCUUACCAACAAGAAUAUGAUAAAUUGGCCACUGCAUUGGCUACAGGUCAACCAAUUUCACCAGGACUAAAACCAUUGGAUCUCUAUGAUAAACAAUGGUCCUUCAAUAUUGGUGUAAUAAUUGACAGUACUCCUUUUGGUAAAAAGUUUGGAGAUUUAUAUCAAGAUGUUGAUACUGAAAAAGUUUACAAAAAUGGAGAUGUUAUUUCUGCUGAAUUCUAUGGAGGUCACCCAAAGAAUAAUUUAAUGACUCAAAAGACCUUCUUAACUAUUGAAAAAUUGAAUGAAAAGAAUCAAUGGAUUUCAAUUCUUGUUGAUGGUGAUUGGGAUACUAGAUGGCACUGGAGAAGACAAUGGUUAUCUGAAUCUAUCUUUACCAUUAUUUGGUCAAUUGGUGAAACAUUCAAAGUUGAACCAGGUAUUUAUCGUAUCCAUCAUUUUGGUUAUUAUAAGGAUUUGGAACAAAGUGUCUUUCCUUAUGAUGGAACUAGCUCACCAUUUAAAGUUGUAGCUUAAAGUGACACUGUUCCAAAAAAAUUUAAAAAAUAAUUUACCACCAAUGUAAAUAUGUAAUACCUCACCUUGCAGCUUAAUAAACAUGUUUAGAGAAUGAGGUUUA